AUGAACCCAAGAAACCCUCCAUCGCGUGCCUCUGAUCUCCUGCGGCACCGAAGAACCACGGAGCAGUUCCAGUACGGCCACCACGUGCGGCUGCGGAGCCGAGAGACCGGCACGUACUUGCACGCCGACGAGGACGAACGUCGCUUCUCCCUCCAUCACCGUCGGGCGUCCAUGAACGCGGCCUGGGCGGUACACAUUUACCAGGGAGAUGGCGAUUCCCGGUACGUUCUCCUCCACAGCGCCGCCUACGGCAGCUACCUCGCCGCCACGAACGCGUCGCUGCCGCGAGGCCACAGCGGACGCCAUGUCGAGAAGUGCGACUACGAGCCGUGGGAGGAGGAGUACAUCAGGUGGCAGGCCGUCAGGGUCGGCUCAGGGGACGACGUCGUGCUCCGCAACGUCGCCGGACACCUCCGCGCCAACGGGAGGUACAUCAGCGUGGACGACUUCAACAUCAUCGGCACGAUGAUGCACUGGGUCGUGGAGCGCAUCCCCGCCAGGGACGACACGCCUCGCCUUGCAGCUUCGACUGGGCCCACGCACAGCUGUGGUACCCGGAUGUCGAUGCAGAGUAGAGAAAGAUAAGAGCAGGAUUCCUGACAGUCCACCUCUUCAGAAGUGUCGCCGCCUCGGACACGAUGACAUGAAAAUUCAGAACUGCAUUUCACAUUGAGAUAUAGGUUUAGGAAGCGUCUCUUGUGUCUGUUAGCAUAGAUAAACUUGAUUCAUUCUCCAGACAGGAGGAACCUGUCUAUUUUACUCUUGUGGUUCUAAAUUUCAGAACCUAUGUGAAGAAAUUAUACAUUGGCAUUGGUCUGUAAUGAUUGUGUUCUUAGUGUGGCUGGUACUUCAGCGUUGCCAGUUGCAUUUCUCUAAGAUGUCAACUUGAGAACCUCUGUGAACAGUUAUGCAAUGGCAUUGGUUUGUAAUGUUUGUGUUCUUA